AUGGCCGGAUCCUACGCGAAGAAAGGGGCAACGCCAUCGAAGGGAUCUUCAGGGACAAAACAAUCUUCAAUAAAACGCAAUUCUAGCAUCUUGAGUUUCUUCCAGAAGACCGACACGCCACCAGGCGCCACUUCUCGCCAGGCUCGGAUCACCCAAUUUGGCACGGCGACCUCACGUUCACCGAGCAGCGGCCGGGGGAAUUCGACAUUCCAGCGAGGAAACAGUUCGCGAAAUGAUCCUGCUGGUGGACUUUUCUUGGAGGAUAAGAAGGGACUGGCAAAGAUUCAACAAGCAGCGGUGACGAGCGAAAGAGAGCGAUCGCUGACGCCUGAUUUUUGGGGUGAUGACGAAGAGAGUCUAAAAUUGGAUGACAAGCGAUAUAAUGAGAGCGACUCAGCGGUCAAGCGUCGGAAGGUUGACUCACCGGACACCCUGGUCAAUGAGACACAGCAACCAGACGACGAAUCGAAAACUACAAAAGCACCCGCACCUACAAAGAUCCAGAAAAGGAGCGGACCGUUUAUCGACGAGUCCGACAGCGAGGAUGAUAUGGAAGCAUAUCGGGAGCUUCAUGAAACCACACCUGCGACUAGGGAUGUGACGAACGAGACACUGCAACCAGACGCCGAAUCGAAGGCUACAAAAGCACCUGCAUCAGCACAUACAAAGACGCAGAAAAGAAGCGGACCAUUCAUCGAUGAAUCCGACAGCGAGGACGAUAUGGAAGCAUAUCGGGAACUUCAUGAGACCACACCUGCGACUAGGGAUGUGACCGAUACAUUGAAGAUGGAUAAAAUAGUGGCUACACACCGCACUUCCGAACCCACACCUCCGCCACUGGUAAGAGCCGCCACGAGUAAUGCCGAUAAUGAUGAAUACGCGAAUUUUGACGAUAUAGAAGAAGAAGACGAGCUUAUAGGGGAAGAGUUUCGAAAUCGGCCUUGGGAGGGCGAGGAACAAGAGCAGAUCGAACUUGAGGUAGAGCCUGACAAAGAUUCAAACGACUGUUCGGGUGUAGAGGAUAUCGAGGGGGAUGUGGGCACAUGCCCUAUCUGCCAAAUGGUGCUGAAGGAACUUAAUGAAACGGAAAUCGCAGUGCAUGUCAACAACUGCCUCGAUGGCACAGCCAACCCUAUCCCGGCCACAGCCGCUCCUAAGCCUGUGGUGAUGCCGGAUCCCAAGCCAGCCAACCUCGACAAAGGGCUGACACGCGCAGAGCGAGCUGCCAUUGCCCGACCUGCGCAAGGUGAUCCCUACUUGCAAAACAAACCCAUUGGAGGUUCCGCAUUCUCAAAGAUGAUGGCUGGAAAUGCAGAGGAUACUGCUUGGGCAGCUGCAGCUGCAAACGAAGUGUCUUCUCGCGGAAAACAAGCCUACCAGCGGACGUGUCCGUUUUACAAAAUUCUUCCGGGCUUUUCUAUAUGUGUCGAUGCCUUCCGCUACGGGGCUGUCGAAGGAUGCAACGCCUAUUUUCUCAGUCAUUUUCACAGCGAUCACUAUAUAGGGCUCAGUAAGUCCUGGUGUCAUGGGCCCAUUUACUGCAGUCGACCCACUGCCAACCUUGUCCGCCAGCAGCUCCGUGUUGAUCCCAAGUGGGUAAUUGACCUCGAGUUUGAAUCUACCACUGAAGUGCCCGAGACGGGAGGAGUGCGAGUCACCAUGAUACAUGCAAAUCAUUGCCCCGGUAGCUCACUUUUCCUUUUCGAAAAAAGCUCUGGGAAUGGGCCCAAUGCUCAUAACCAACGGGUGCUGCAUUGCGGUGACUUCCGUGCAUCUCCCGCUCAGGUGCAACAUCCGCUCCUACGCCCUGAUGUGACCAACCCGGUCACAGGCAAGCCAAGACAGCAACAUAUCGACAAAUGUUACCUCGACACCACAUAUCUUAGCCCGAAAUAUGGCUUUCCCGCUCAGGAGGAUGUGAUCACAGCGUGUUCAGAGCUAUGUGUGCGCCUGAGUCAGGAAGCCGGUGUCGGAUUUGAUACGGGGAAGAAUGGUACAGGUGGUUUGAUGGGCAAAUUUCUCUCCGCCGCCACGGGGAACAACAAAGCACCGAACAAGGGCUCGCAGGCUGGAGGUCGACUGCUCGUAGUGAUUGGCACUUACAGUAUUGGUAAAGAACGGAUAUGCAUGGGGAUCGCCCGAGCACUCGGAUCCAAGAUCUUCGCGACUCCACCGAAGCAACGAAUCUGCGCCUGCUUAGAAGACCCCGAGCUCUCCGCGAUGCUGACCAGAAAUCCUCACGAAGCACAAGUACAUAUGCAAACUCUCUUUGAGAUCCGCGCCGACACACUGGCAGACUACCUCGAUGGCCUCAAACCACACUUCUCCCGAGUCGUCGGUUUCCGCCCGACCGGCUGGACCUAUCGCCCACCAGCGGGGCGACUGGUACAAAACCCACCCGUCUCCACUGUGCUGCACGGUGAACACUGGAAGUCACCAUACACCACUCAAGAUCUCACACCACAGCGCGGCAGUACGCGAGAAAGCGCCUGCUUUGGUGUGCCUUAUAGUGAACACAGUUCGUUCCGCGAAUUGACCAUGUUCUGCUGCGCUUUGCGUAUCGGGCGGGUUAUUCCGACAGUGAAUGUUGCCAGCCAGAAGAGUCGGGAUCAGAUGAAGGUUUGGAUGGAGCGGUGGGAUGCCGAAAAGAAGAAGAAUGGGUUGUUUCCUGUCACUGGCGAUCGGUGGUGA